AUGACACUCACUAUGGUGACUAGAAGGAUGCAAUAUAUCGUGAAUGUUCCACGAUAUGCACCAAGAUUCUUGCCGAACAUCCCUGCCUUCGCAACCAAGGCAGCUCCUUUCUCGCCAAUCAUCUUGACCUCGCGUACUUUUAGCGCCACGCACAUGCCUCAAAAGAAAAAGAACAAGGGUGCAGUGAACGAGAAGAUGGCAGAACCAAUGGAUGCAACUCCCCAGCUUGAUUUAAAUGGUACUUCUUCGGAAAUGGAAAGCGUCGUGGCACGCUGCAGUGAGCAUGUACGCACGCUUGUUGGAUCCCUUGGCCGGGUUGAUGCAGCACUUUUGGACGAUGUGCGCGUGUCUACUGGAAAGGGCAUCAAGCCUAUACCGUUACAUAACUUUGCCACUGUUGGUGUGCGCGACAAUGUGUUGGUAAUCACAGCGUAUGAGCCUGAGACCUUGAAGCACAUUGAAAAGGCCAUAUAUGCAGUCGGGAAAGAUCUUGCACCACAGAUUAUGCACGAUGAAGAGGGUGUCAUGAUUGUACAUGUUCCAAAACCAACUGGCGAAACGCGCAAGAUACUGCUGCAGAAAUGCAUAAAGGAAUGUGACCAUGCAAAAACGAUGCUGCGGAAUGUACGCCAAUCUGCGCAAAAACACAUGAAGCACGACAGCGACAACAAGAUCCUGAGUAAGAACGAGGCACAGAAAGAGUCAAAAAAGCUGGAAGAGAUUACGAAGAAACACACGGCUCUUCUCGAACAGGUUGCUGCAGAGUCACACAAGCGUUUAUCGCUCUAG